UCACUGCAGGGUCUCCGCCAGUAAAGAAGAAGUCACCUCGUACGAAGCUGAAGAUGUUCCGCGAGAUUCGGAGUUACAUAGAUGAAUCAGAAGAGGACAGAGAAGAAGUAAGGGAGGAAGCGGGGAGGCUGGUGGAUGCUAUCGAAAGUAGGAAGAGGACGGGAAAGAAGAGGAAGUUCUCCGAAGUGGGUUUUGAGCAGUCCACAGAUCGGGCCAACGAAGUACGUAACCCCAAAGGGAAGGGUCUGGAGGCUCCGAUCUCGAAGAAGGUUGGCAUAGCGCCAGUUACGACCGAGGAGGAGGUACACGAUGAGGAUUUCAAAACACCUCUGAAAGGGCUUUCAGCUGCAUGCUCCAAUGAGGGAAUGAUCGAUUAUGCUUUGGAAGUUCAUCGGAGGCUAUCGGCGAAAAGGGUCCCUGAGUUACGAAAAAUAUGCAGCAAGGAAGUCAGUAUGGAAGAGCUGAGGGAAUGUAUGUCAGCGCGAUUGGGUAAAGUAGGGCAGGGAGGGAGGCUGGUCCACGCGGAGUUGGAGAACCUAGCUACUAGGAGGUUUUUGCUGUUUGCUGUUAGUGGACAUUUUCCGUGGAUGAAGAAGUGGUUGGGGGUUCUGAAUGAGGAAGCGAUUGCUACAAUAGACACAAGGGAAGCUGGGGUAUACAUUAUUGUCAGUCCCUGGUGUAAGCAUAUGUACAUCGGGUGCACGGCGAGAAAGGUGAUUACCAGGUGGGCCGAACACGUGAGAUGUGUCAUGUCCGGAAGCUUCGGUAAUGCACGUAAAUUACAUGCUUGGCUCCGAAGGUUUGGCUGGGAAAAGUAUGUUAUCUUACCUGUUUGCGUCGGACUGGAUAAUCCUGUUGAGGUUGAAAGGAUGUUGAUCUCGCGAUUUUCACCAGCAUUGAAUAGCAUCGGGAAGAAGCAAGGAGGCGCGGAGAAGGCUCGAAGGAAAGGGAGGAGGGAGAGAGGGAAGAGCAUCCGCUCAGUAGACCAAGGCACGGUGAUCGUUUUCACACUGGGAGACCAGAAAACUGUGUUUUUGAUUGGCGUUAUUCGAAGCCUGAAAGGACUCAAGGGACCUCAUAAAGUGUGUUCCGCGGGUGGUAGUAUGUGGAGUGAUAGCUGGAGGGCGGUGAAAUCGAAGGUAGGCGCAACGGUAAUCGAGAUCGAUGGGCGGAGGAGACCACUGAAGCGAUGCCGAUCGUCCUUGGAGAAAGGAGGCCCUUUCGUGAUAAGAAAAGUCUGGGUUACCUCUUCUGCGAUCGAACACCGGUGUAACUAUCUCAAGGAGGUUAUGGCGCACCCUUACCGAAUCAAGCAAGCUUAUAAGAUGUCCUCGGCAAAGCUGAUUGCCCUGUACCGGUCGGCGACUUUGUUUUCCAGGAAGAAAUCAAGGACCAAGUUGAAAAUGAAGAUUGCCAAGGUGAUGCGGGUGAAGUAUGCCGAAGACAUUAGAAAGAGACCGCUGGUGCGGAUUCCUUUCUCUCCAGCUCUAAAGAUGGCAAUGGUAAGAGAAGUGACCGUCAAGUACAUCGAACAAGCCAUUCCUGAUCUAUCCAUCCGAGCAUAUGUGUCUGCAAGGGUCAGGAUUGUAACGUUGAAGAAAAAGACGGUGGGUGAAAUCAUACAUGAUCACAGGGUCUGGGCUAAGAAGGAUCUGGUGGUGUGCUCAUGUGCCGAGUACGUUCUUCCCCGGAGUCAGGGACACGUACGAGUAAGGGUCGAUGAAAUGGAGCAAGCACCCAGGUUUAUUCACAACUCACGAAAUGUGUGUAUGGGCCGAGAUCGGAUUAAGGAGGUGGAAAAAGGUAUCACCGACGCAGUUAAACCGUGGGCGAAGGGCAGGAAUAUCCAGCUGCAAAAGGAUGAUUUACACGCAUGUUGGGUAUCGAGACCAGUUGCAUGUACCGCCAUGUCCGAAGAUCGGGUAAGGCACUGGAUCAGUACGUACAGAGACCUGGUGUUGGUCCCGGUGGAUCGGACUCCCGGUGCCACGGUCCUGUUGUGCCCAGUGUUGUACUCACAUGCGAUGAAUGUCACUUUUCGAUGGAAUACAGGGUACGUGGUCGAAGAUUUGGGUAGUGCCGAGGUUCUCAGUACAAGUAGGAAGGAGUAUGUAGACUGUGGUCUGAUGCAAGUCGCCGAAUGGGGAAAGAAUGGGAGUAUUAGUCAUGCGUAUGUCUUACCAAAAGAAAAGGAUCUGGAUCGGUGGAGACCGAUUGCCCCUGCCACUACCGAUCCCGCACGUCUCGCAAGCGCUAGACUGGGUAAGGCAGUGAGGUACAUGCUACUGUGCCUAAAGGAAAGUACCCAUUUUGAUUUAGCCUCUACUGAUGAGUUGAGAGUUGUACUCCUCAGAUGUCAGAAGAAGUUAGGAAAGAAGAAUGAUGCUGCACUUGCUCGCAGCUAUGACAUCAAAGAUAUGUUUGCAAAAUUGUCGCACGCGAGAGUUAGUGAAGCAGUUGACUGGGUUGUGAGAAUCCACGAGGGCAGAGGUACGAAGUCUGUCAAAGUCAAUAGGAGAGGGAAAGACUGUAAGUUGUCCAGAACGCUAGCCCUUGAGGAAGGGUAUGUGUCGCUAGAUUUUAAGCUGAUCAAGAAAUUGCUGAUGUACGACCUCUCACAUGUUUUUGUGAAGUGUGGCUCGGUUAUCCUGAGACAAGUGUUCGGAAUUCCCAUGGGUAGGAAUUCAAGUCCGGCCCUUGCUUGUUUGGUAUGUGCAAGGGCGGAGGCUUUGUUCCUGGACUCGAUUGGGAAUGAUAAACAUCUGGUCCGGGGGGUGCGAAUGAUCGAUGAUGUGUCGGUGCUCGUUGGCGUGCAUUCCUCAGAUAUUCAAUCCUGGGAGAAAGCGGUCAAAAUCCUUUCAAAAUUCGAGAAGGCAUAUGACAGCGAGCUGAAAUUGGUCAGGAAGGACAACAAUACGAAUUCAUUCGAAUUUCUGGGGGUGGUUAUUUAUGUGAGCAUUUGUCCGAUUGAAAUUAAAAUCGUACCAAAGACUAGAAACCAGAAAUUCUCAAGUCAAGAUGAAAGGAUACGGGUUCAUUCUCUGCAGGAUUUUAACUCCUUCUCUCACAAGAAGAUGAAGAGAGCAGUUUUGGCGGCCAACUUUCUUAGACUGAGUAGGCUGGCGUACACGGAAGAAGAUGCACUUGCCGCAGUGGUUGCCAUGGUCGUAGAAUCAAACCUCGGGGAAUACCCCCCGGAGGUCUCUCUCGGUUCUCUAGCUCGGUUCGCUAGAGUGGCCGGGGGUAACUGGGGAGCUUUGCUCCUCACUGUUUACCCCGACCUCGAGAGAUUUCUUACGUAGUGGGUCCAGUGGCGGACAGCAUCUCAAGGACUGAAGAUUUGAAACUAUGAAUUUUGGCUUGCUGUAUUUCUGUAUAAUAGUGAUAUGUGUGGACAAGUUCAGGCACGAGUAUAUAUGUCCAAAUUUGGUACCUGAUACAGUAGUAUGUAGGGCGGACGGCGUUUCAGGGACUGAGGGUUUUUUCGCUUACCGUAGUUUUUUUGUUUUUUUGUUUGUUUUUCUGUACAAUAGUGUUGUGUUUGGACAAAUUCGGACACAGGUGCAUCUGACCAAUUUUUGUAACAGACGCAGUAGCACGUAGGACGACAGACUCGGAUUUUUGAACGAACUCUCCUCAUACUUGGGAAAAUACGGUGAGGCAAGGGAACGAUAUCGUUAUGUAACCAUUUAUGGCAAAUCCGGGUUUGGAGUUGCCAUUUUUGCGAAACCAUAUCCUUCGGUCUCUGGGUUGGCUUGCAGAGACGGGUGACUAGCUUUAAAGCCCGAGACAGGAGUUCGUUUUGAUAAUUUUUAGUCGUUUUAGCACGGACGGCGAAUAUCCAUUUUUCCGACAUGGGGUAGGUAAUCAGUUCUCUGUGUUAUUGGAUGUUUUUGGUCGGUUUUUGAACUUAGGUGCUGAAUGGAGAUAAAGGCCGUGAAUGAAUCUGGAUAAGGAUC